UGAUAAUGAUAAAAAUAGUGUUAAAUAUGAUAAUGAUAGUGAUUAUAAUAUUAGUAAUAAUGAUUGUAAUGAUAAUGAUAGUAGCUAUAAUAGUGAUGAUAGUAAAGUUGUUAGUAGUAGAAGUGAUUAA